AUGUAUUUAGAAGCUGGCGUUGUUCGAGUGAAAGUUAUCGGUCAGGCUCGCUAUCAGAAGAUUAUUGGAUUUGGUGGCGCAUUCACCGAUGCAGCGGGCAUCAACAUCAAUUCGCUGAGCCAGCCGAGCCGUAAAGCCCUUUUGCAGUCCUAUUUUGGGCCUAAUGGUACCAGUUUUUAA